AUGGCCAUGGACGACGCUCAGACAGUUUUCGCGUACCCGCCGAGCUAUUCGUUUGAUCUCGAUAUGUCAAAGAGGCCGCUCGAAAUGACCGGAGGACCAGAGACCAAGAAAGCACGAUGGUCACCCAACUCAUUUUCCAACAGUCCCGUCGUGAACUCUACUCGCGACUUGUUCGCUAAUUACGGCUACGGCAAUCAUGCUGCCAUCAAUCAGCCCCAGCAACAGCAGAAUCAGCAGAACGCGGGGUAUGGCACGGGCAGCCUGGGACUUGGCAACAGCAACGGCCAAUUGUACUCAACCCCAUCUCUCACUGUUAAUACCGCGACUGGUGUGAAUGGCUCUGGUAUGACCUCGCAGAUCAGCCCGAGCUCGGCUACAUCGCCAUUCCCGAAUAUGCAGUCUCAGAAUAAUGGCUUUGGGAAUUAUGGCAUGAACGGAAUGCUUGGUAUGGGCAUGGGUAUGGGUAUGCUUGGUGUUAAUGGAUUCCCAUACAGCCCUCAAAUGGGAUCUUUCCAACAAAAUUUCGGUCAACAGCGCAUGGGUAACUUGAACGUGCCGAUGACCCCAACCUCGGGAUAUUCUCCCGUCGCGCUUAACGCCGCUCUGGGUUCUGCAGGCAACGCGACUGCACGGACAGUCUAUGUCGGCAACUUGCCGUCAACUGCAUCCGUCGACGAGCUUCUCAACCUCGUCCACUUCGGCCCGCUCGAGUCCAUCCGAGUCCUUCCUGAGAAGUCGUGUGUCUUCUUGAGCUUCCUCGACGGUGCGACGGCAGCAGCAUUCCACGCUGAUGCGACUGUUAAGAAGUUAUCGUUGCACGGUCAGGAACUAAAGAUAGGCUGGGGCAAGCCAAGUCCUGUACCAAGCCAGGUUGCUCUUAGCAUUCAGCAGAGCAAUGCGAGCCGGAACGUAUACAUUGGUGGACUCGAUGAAAACAUGACUGAGGAGCAACUUCGUGACGAUCUCAGUCGUUUCGGUCUUAUCGACCAAGUCAAAAUUGUGCGCGACAAGAACAUUGGAUUUGUUCACUUCUUGAGCAUUUCUACGGCUACUAAGGUCGUUGCGACUUUGCCUACUGAGCCCGUAUGGGCGGGCAAGCGCAUCAACUACGGCAAGGAUCGCUGUGCAUACAUACCAAAGUCGCAGCAGGCAGCAGCACAGGCAGCCCAAGCCGCUGCUGCACAGUCCCUUGUUGCACAGUCUGCAGCGCAACUGUCACCAUUGCAGACUUCUCCGUUCUCACCAUAUGCACCGUUCUCGCCUGAAGGUGCUAAUGCGCUGGGUGCAGCGAGCCUUAACCGCACGGUGUAUCUUGGGAACAUCCAUCCUGAGACGACUACGGAGGAUCUGUGCAACUCCAUUCGGGGAGGUGUUCUGCAGAGUAUUAGGUAUAUGCAGGAUAAGCAUAUCGCCUUCGUCACCUUCAUCGACCCUACUGCGGCCUUUACCUUCUACCAGGUCGCAUCGUAUCAAGGCCUCACUCUCAAUAACCGACGUCUCAAGGUCGGUUGGGGCAAGAAUUCGGGUCCUCUUGCACCCUCACUUGCACUUGCUGUUCACUCGGGUGCGACACGUAACGUGUACAUCGGAAACAUCGAGGACUUCGAUAAGUUCAACGAUGAGAAGUUGAAGAGAGACUUUGGCGAGUUUGGUGAUAUCGAACUCGUCAACUUCCUCAAGGAGAAGAACUGCGCGUUUGUCAACUUUACGAACAUUUCGAACGCGAUCAAGGCGAUCGACGGGAUCAAGAGCAAGCCCGAUUACACAAACUUGCGUAUUGCUCAUGGGAAGGACCGGUGCGCGAACCCACCGCGUUCGGGCCCACAGGGCGGUUCGGGAGGUAUGAGACGCUCAGCGAGUGGGAACACAGCGGCUAGCGUCGCUUCGCCACUUCCGGAUUCCAAUGCAGCGGAGUUUGAGCUGGACGUUCAGGAUGCAGGGUAUGCGGAUGCAGAUUUAGCGGUGGGGAAUGCAGAGAUGUUGGUGAAGGACGACAUCGUCGCCGUGAAUUAAGUGCGCUUCUCCACCGCGAAUCGGAAUGAGGUGCUUUAAUUCGUGUUGUUUAUUUGGAUUUUUGGUUUGGCGAAUGUUGACGUGGUGCGGUUUAGUUCGCCUGUAAUAUGUAUGUCCUGUCCUGUGCUGUUCGAAAUACCCCAUGCCUCUCUCUGCCUCUGCCUCCCCUUCCUCAGUUCUGGCUCCGUCUCCUAUAUCUCCUCCUAUCUCCUCCUGUUUCGUCUCGUUUUUCGUCGUUUCGUGAUCUCCUGAUCCCGUGAUCUCUUCGUUCUCUUGUUCUUUAGUUAUAUUCGUAAUAUGGCGCUCCCUCUUCCCUCUUCCCCUCGCUCUCCUUCUCUGUCUCUAUCUGGCUUUGGCUGUCUCAUCUCAUCUCACCUGCCUCUCCUGCGACUUGACUUGACUUAGCCACGAACGAUAUUUCGAUAUUUCGAUGUUCGAUAAUUCGAUAACCGAUUAUCCAAUCCCAUGUAACGUCCCCACCUACCUACCUACCUACCUCAUCAUUCAAAAAUUUGACGCGAUUACAUGGAGAUGGAGGCCGAGUUGGAGAUGAUGAUGAAGAUCGAGAGAUGUACCCCAGACUCAGAGCAGACUUAAAACACUCAACGUGACGAACAGAACGACGAAGAAGCAGAACGGAACGAAAUUGUUAUCUCAGCUCAGGCGUUGUUUCCUACCUAUCUUUCCUCCUCUCCGUCCAACUUUACUGGUCUCGAAUCGACUCGAUUCCGUGCUGUGCUAUUUAUCGUAUAUGCGUUAUUGCGUAUCAGGCAUCUUUCGAAUCGCCCACGCCGUACCUCCCUGCACAUCGAUAUUCAUCCGUUAAUAAAUGCCUGCUUACCUGGCGGAUGGGGGAUGAGGAGAAUAGGUGCAAAAAGAGGGAGGGACACGUAGGAUUAGUGUAGGGGAAGGAGAACGGCAAAAUUCCCCUCUUCUAAUUUCUCUGUCCAUUGUGUCCUUGCUUCCUCUGGCCACUUCAUCGCGUCAUCUUCAUUCUGCCUUUGCUCCCGUUCAUCUGUUCCAGACAUCCUCGGGCUCCUGUUGAACAUUCGCCUUUCCCCCUUAUUUUU